AGCACGCCCUCACCUCACCCAUUCCCAGGAUUGCGCACGACGCGCUGAGUUUCCGCACACCGACUCGCCAAUAUGGGCGUCCCAUUCGAGACCCUGCUCCCGUAUGCGAUCAUGAUGUUCGGCAUCACGGGUGGCGCCUUGACAAAGGUUAAAAACAUGCAAAACGGCGGCAAACGGCCGCGGCAUUCCAUCGACGCAUGGGACAGGCAGAUGAUGGAGAGAGAUCGUCGACUCACAGGCUGGUUACGGGGACAAACAGACAACGUGAAAGCCCCGGCGGGUUUCGAGCUCAACAACCCCUGGAAGGUCGAGCCGUUGAUCCAAUAAGAAGGCGUGGCAAUCCGUUCGCUUUGGACUGUUUGAUUGUGAGUCGUCUCAAACGACCGCACCUAGCCUAGCAAAUUCGUCACGAAAAUCCAUCUAUCGCACAGUGCCCAAGAAACUCGACUUGGACCGCAGACUAGUGCUCUCCGAGCCAUGUACACGCAAACAUCUGGCCCCGGUAGUGACUUGAAGCGCCACCAUAGGUCUCAUUU